AUGCGGAUUACUGAUAUUACCGCCUUCAGUUACAAGGCCAACUACAAGUAUGGGGUCCACACAAUGUCUGGUGGUCGCACCAGCACCGGCGAGCCUUCUAUCGUUAUCCGAGUUCGCACAGAUAGUGGCAUUGAAGGUUGGGCCGAGAACGCGCCACUGGGCAGCGACUAUUUGCCUAGCUCCUUUACCGGAGAGAUUGCCGCGUUGAAGAAACUUUGUCCACAGAUUAUCGGCCUCGACCCGCGAUCACCUGCAGCGAUUAGUGCAGUUAUGGAUCGAGCUAUGAUGUCGGGAAUAGCAGCCAAGUCUGUUAUUGACAUCGCUUGCUGGGAUAUUUUAGGCAAAGCCGUGGGGUUACCGGCACAUGUUUUGCUCGGUGGGCGUCUCUCCGAUAAAUCACCUGCGUUUUCGGUCAUCGGAUUUGGAGAAAUCCCUAACAUUGUUAAGAAAGCUCAGGCUGAACUUGAUAAGGGAGUGAUAGCCUUGCAACUUAAGGUCGGGGACGAUCCGCUAGUUGAUGCCCGACGUGUCAGGGCUAUUUGCGAGGCUCUUCCUGAAGGUAUCAAAGUCUGGGCUGAUGCCAAUGCUAGUUGGAACCUCGAUCACGCCAUUACCUUUGCUCGGGCUCUAGGACGGGAUAUCACUAUACCGUUGGAACAACCAUGCCGAUCGCUUUCUGACUGCGCAGAAGUGGGCCGUCGUACUGGAUUACCGGUUAUCCUUGAUGAGUGUGUUUUCACAAUGGCCGAUAUCGUGGCGGCCCACGGAGCAGGAAUCACAGGAGUAAAUAUUAAGCUCUCGCGCGUCGGUGGUAUCACUAAGGCCCGCAUCCUGCGUGAUGCAGCUGUGGCACUUGAGAUGAUGGUUAAUGUCGAUGACACUUGGGGUUGUGCUCUGACGACCGCGCAAAAUCUUCAGUUAGCAGCCUCCACGCGCCCUGACCGGCUGCGCGCUGUCGACCUCUUCGCUGAAUGGACGAACCCACUGAUUUCUGAUAUUCCUCGUAUGCAAGCAGAUGGUCGGAUAACGCCUGCCUCGCUUCCUGGAAACGGGUUUGGUCCUGUCAAUGUUGAAUUCCUUGGAGAGCCACUAUUUCAAAUUACAGCUUGA